AUGACGCAGCAGCAACAGAGCAAGAAGAAGGUUGUCUCGAUCGCACUGUUGGUCGCGGAUACGCCGCCUCCGCCCGUAGUUGCCGUUCGCGGCGACUACACCAAGAUCUACCCGCGCUUCCUGCAAGAGUCGCUCAACACGAUCAAGCGGCACGCGUGGCAGCCGCACGUCGAGCUGCACAUCCGGUGCUACGAUGUAGUCACCAAGAUGGAGUAUCCGGACGAGGGGCAGUUGGGGGAUGGGUUGUGGGAUGCGGUCAUGAUCACGGGCAGUGCGUCGUCUGCAUACCUCGAUCUGGAGUGGACCAAGAAGCUGGCGGCCUUCUUGCGAUCCACCGCCGAGAACCACCCGCUGGUGCGUCUGAUCGGCAUCUGCUACGGCCACCAGAUCCUCGCGCGCGCCUUCGACGGCGUGGUCGAAGCUAACCCGAAAGGCUGGGAAUUGGGCACCACGUCCUGCACUCUCACCGACCAAGGCCGCGAUCUCCUAGGCUACGACUCUGCUUCCGAAGGACAGAUGGCCAUCCAACAGGUGCACAGAGACCACGUCCUCGCCACGCCGCCUGACUUUGCCGGUGAGAGCUUCGAAAACCUCGCCUGGACCGACAUCUCGCCCAUCCAGUCGCUCAUCCUGAGAUACCCCACCGAAGCGCCCCCGCUCGCCUCCACCGCCCAAACCUCGGCGUACAUGGCGUUCGACAUCGAAGACUCGGAAACCGCCUCCUCCGGCCCGCACCCGCUCCGCUCGCUUCACGUCCUGACGUUCCAAGGCCACCCAGAGUUCGACCGCGAGAUCGUCGAGAACAUCAUCGCCGUGCGAACAGAGAUGGGCAUCGUCACGGGAGAGCUGCGCGAGCGCUCGUUGGAGAACGCCAAGAAGCCCCACGACGGACUGAAGCUGGGCAGGGCCAUCCUGGCCAUGCUCGGCGUCGAAGAGGCUCGUACGGACACGGGCGACAGCAUGGUCAACAUCUAG